AUGCCAACUAUAAGUUCUGCACAAGGGUUGACCAAGAAAAAUGAUUCAAUGAAGGAGAAGCAUUGGACUGAUGAUGAAAGGCAGUCUUUUAUCAAGACACUUGGAGCGUUUGCAAGAUGGGAAGUGGAUUAUGCAAAUUUUGACAUUUGUUCACCACACUAUGAAGGGAAGACAAUGGAACCAGGGAAGAUUUGCAAGGCUUGUCAAGCAAAAGAAGCGGAAGCAAAAUUGCCACUCAACAUACAGCAUGAGAAGCAAUUAACACAUGGAAAGUUCACACCACACAAUCUCAGCAGUGCCAAAACCCAUGAUCUGCAGGAUAAACUCAAUGAUCCCAUAGUCUUUGACGCUGCAUGGGAGGGUAAACUCUCAAAGUCACAAACCUUUGUGGAUAUAUGCAGUGUUUUUGAAGAGAAACUGCAGUGUGGAUCAUCAUCCAAUCUGAACUCGAAAUUUGGGUAUGGCAGGAACUCAGCAAGACAAUAUAGUAUCCUUCAGUCACAGAUAGGAGGCCCAAGCAUGUCACUGGUCACAAAAUCCGAGGAUGCAUUACAAAAUCCAGACCUCAUUUUUGAGAAUGUUGUACAUGUAAAGUGGCUGCUUGACAUUGUCAAGUAUGAUGGACCCAUGUCUGUGGGAAGUGACUGCAUGAAGGUCCAUGCACGAUUAAGCUAUUCUCAAGAUUUUGGUAGCCACAUACUAGGGUCUGUAUUGCACAUGGACCAGUGUGAAGUCAAUGAUGCAGAUGACAUAGAAGUUGUCAUCAACUGUGUCAAGGAGGCAAAGGCAAUGGCAACCCAAGUACAGGCAGUGAUUGUGAAGCCUGCAAUACCCGAAACUCCCACAAUUGUUGUCGCCCUGCUUGCAACUGAUGGGAGGGAUACCGGUGACAAGAUACAUGAACUACAGAUGCUCUUCUUACGCAUGGCUGCGAGGUUGUCCUUGAAAGUGGUCACCUUCUCUGCUGAUGGUGCAGCAUCCAAGCUCGCAGCACAAGCACUGAUGGAUGGCAAAGUUUCAUUGGAGGAACCACUCAAAUACAACUAUCCACUAUACAGAAAGACAUCUUGCAACCAGUCUCAGCAUGGGACUCACACAGUGAGUUUAGGCAUAGGCUAUGUCGUGAACAGGUCACUUAAUGUCAAUAAACAAGAUGAUGGUGCUGCUCGUCGUAUAUACUUGUACGAAGCACUCGCAGCAACCUGUGAGAUGAAAGAUGGCAAGAUGGAGAUACAAAAGGGUUUUGAAGGCCUGUUUUUUGUCAAGCAUUUUUUCGGUCUCACCCAGAUGUUCCUCCCAAACUUUGCAUAUGCUGAGCUGGUCAAGAUGGUUCAGACGAUUAUGCUACAGCAGAAGAUAUUGAUGAUGCAGAAGUUUCAAGAGGGCCGCAAAAAGGAUUCAGCAGCAGGGUAUUCAUUUACCUAUGACCCAUCACCACUGACAGAUGACCAUCUCCACACUACCUCUUCACAACUUACUGCUCAACAACUCAAUGGGAUUGUUGAGGUCACCUACCGCAAGGCUGCCCAGAUUUGCAAGCAGAUCCUCUGCAUCCAAGUGCCCGUCUUGGCAAAUGGCAAGCCAUUCAUGCUGACUCCACUGAGAGCCCCACGUGUAUUGAACAAUUGCCAACACGAAGCACCAGAUGACAACAAUGGUACUGACCUUGACAACUUUGACAACAUGACUGCUGAGAGUGCUGCACGAGAAGUCACAGCAUAUUCUGCACUGUGCGAUGACCUUGAGGAGGCUAUGAAGGAUUCACAGGCAGUGCUUGCCUCCAGCACAUCAUCUUCUUCCCUACCAAGUUCAGCUCCCAAAAUUUCACUCACACACUGUGAGACACCCAAUACCAUUCAUGUUGAGGACAAAAUUGUUGCCAUGAGUUCUAUUCUGGAUAAGGAUGAGAUGGUCUCUAUCACCCUUAUGCUCAAAGCACAUAUUGGUUGUCAGUCAAAGGCCACUGUGCAUUCUGAGCGCAUUGUGCUUCUUGAUCCAAAGUUCACAGUCCUUCAGCUAAUGAGGCAUCUUGCUAUCCUGCAGAAGCAAGAUAGUAGUUUUGCACCAGUGAAGACGGCACGAGAGCUGCUCUGGAAACAGGUCUCGAGUGCUAUUGCUCGGGUAAUACAGCCCCAAGAUGAUGACAUGGAUGUGUCAUCUGAUGCUGUCCCAUCAUUUUCCCGUCUUCCCAGCCGCUACCAGUAUGAGAUCCACACACAUGCACCUGCAAGUAGCAUUCUCUAUCACAUUGGGAAAAGGGCGCUCAAAGGAACAAACACAUGGGCAUUGGAACUGUCGAAUGCUAAUGCUCGUCACUGGGUAGCGCUGACUGCACCACAAGUGAAGCAAAAAUUACCUAGACUCAAAAUUUCUGGGAGCAAGAUCACGAAGGUUUAG